UACGCGGUUCCGUUUGGUGGAGGCGGCGGCUACGCUUUUCCAGGUGGUGGUGGUGGUGGCUACGUUGGACGUUAAGACGUACUUAUGCAUCCACUUGUUUGUUAUGCCUCGAAAACAAAACUCUGUUUUGGUCCUAAAAUGGUGCAUUAUUUCAUGA